UAUCUUGUACAAAGAAUUUCUGUUGCAAAUCAACAUUGAUAUAAUCAUUCAGUUAAGAUGGUAUAAAUACAAAAUGUAAAUCUCACAUUCGUUUUAUUAAAGAGUUAAAAGGAAAACGUGGUCCAAAUAACAAUUCCGCUUUGUCAAACAAAUUCUUGGGCCUAUAGAACUAUAAUCAUGGUCCUAUAGACCUACAAUCAUGGUGCACUAAAAAUGGGGACUCACUGCGAAAAUAGAUGGAGUAGAAAAUCAUGCCCCCUCGCAAGUCCAACUCAAAUCCAUGCACAUAGAACAGGGUCGACCGCAUGCAUGCACAGCCGUCCCUUCCCCUGUAAUUCCUCUCUUCCACAGAAAACAAUUCGCAACACUCUCAUACCUUCUUCUCCCCACCCUCCAUUCCCCACCCCGCACAAACACAAGAAGGAAACCCAACAUACAUUCCCCCCAUUGAUUCCUGCACUUCUCCAUCUCCAACAUCCCUCUCACUAACUAACCAUGGCAUUCCAUUCCCAUUCCCUUUUCUCCCUUCUCACCCUAGUAUUUCUCAUUCCCACCCUAACAGCGACCCAUGCCCAACUCUCCGAAAACUAUUACGAGCAAACAUGCCCCAAAUUCCACGAAACCGUCCACCAUGUCGUCAUCGAAAAGCAAAUGGCCACCCCCACUACUGCCGCUGCCGUCCUUCGCCUCUUCUUCCACGACUGCGUCCUUGAAGGCUGCGAUGCCUCCCUCCUGAUCGCCUCCAACUCCUUCAACAAGGCGGAGAAGGACGCCGAGAUCAACGCCGCCAUCCCCGGCGACGGCUUUGACAUGAUCACCCGUAUCAAGACCGCCCUGGAGCUCCAGUGCCCCGGCAUUGUCUCCUGCUCCGACAUCCUCGCCGCCGCCACCCGCAACCUUAUCAACAUGGUCGGGGGACCCCACUACACCCUCCUAUUCGGCCGCAAGGACGGUCUCAUCUCCCGGGCCGAUCGCACGGAGGGGCACUACGCCAAGGCCAGCAUGACCGUCUCCGAGCUCAUCAACCUCUUCGCCUCCAUCAACCUCUCUGUCCAGGACCUCGUCGCCCUAAGCGGGGCCCACACCAUCGGCUUCUCCCACUGCAGCGAGUUCGCCAACCGCAUCUUCAAAUUCAGUCCGACGUCGGAGAUUGACCCCGCCCUCAACCGCAACUACGCGGAGGGGCUGAGGAAGCUAUGCGCCAAUCACACGACCAACCCCGGGAUGUCGGCGUUCAACGACGUCAUGACCCCGGGGAAGUUCGACAACUUGUAUUUCCAAAACUUGCAAAGGGGGCUAGGGUUACUGGCGACAGACCACGCCCUGGGGACGGAUCCUCGUACGAAGCCGUUCGUGGAUCUCUAUGCCACCAACCAGGCAAAGUUUUUCGAGGAUUUCGUCCAGGCAAUACAGAGGGUCAGCUUGAUGAACGUGAAAACUGGGAACCAGGGCGAGGUCCGCCGCCGAUGCGACGCCUUCAACAACCUCAAGACUUGAACAAGAAGAAAAGAAAACCUUCAGCUUAAUUUGAGCUCACCUAUUGCUGUUGUAACCAAUGUAAUUUUUUUUUUUUUUUUUUUUUGGGUAGAGUUUACAAAUACGAAAAUGUUGUGUCUCCCAGGCAUGUACCUGCAAAUUUUGCAAGCAAUUAAGCGUAUCUUAUGAAAUUACAAGCUUACAAAUUCAUAAACAAAAAGAAAACUACUUCUAAUGUAAUGUCUGUUUCGUGUGGCGAAAUCGCGGGUACAACAAAAUAAACUUAGCAAAGAACAGUUGGGCGCUUGUGCAGAAGCAAAUACAAUCCUGCCAUACUUUUUCAUUCCUUAAUCCAAAAUGACUAGUACCCACGCAACGAGUUCAUCGAACAAAUUGUGCCAAUUUACAUGUGUGAUUUGAUGACAAUGCCGACGCAAAAGGAACAGGAUAAAUAACAAGCGCAUUAAGAAAAAAAAAAAAAAAAAAUUAAAGAAUUUUACAUUAACAAUGAGCUGCCG